AACUGCAUCCUCUACGAUGGGAAUGUGCACAGGUUACUCCUCCCCACAACCCAAACUGGUAUAAUCGUUCCGUCCUGUGUCCAUUUAUGCAGAUUGUAAAAAGAGUGGUAGAGUUCUCAUAUCACUCAAGUACACACAGGUGACAUAAUCAAGCUCUCCCCUUCUCUCUUCUCUGGCUUCGUCUCUGUGAGUUGGCGCUUUGCAUUCGCAGAUUGAAACUCUAGGGUUUUAAUCGCUAUCGUUAUAAUUCUACUGUCUCUGUUGAUCAGAUCUUGAAAUCCACAAGCAAAACCAGCCGGAAUUGUCUAUCUGUCUCACGACAAAAUGCCGGCAGUUUACGGAGCAAGGUUGACCACAUUCGAGGAUUCCGAGAAGGAGAGCGAGUAUGGUUAUGUUCGUAAGGUAUCGGGACCGGUCGUUGUUGCAGAUGGAAUGGCUGGUGCUGCCAUGUAUGAGCUAGUCCGAGUUGGACAUGAUAAUCUGAUCGGUGAAAUCAUUCGGUUGGAAGGAGACUCUGCCACAAUCCAAGUUUAUGAAGAAACAGCAGGUUUAAUGGUUAAUGAUCCAGUUUUGCGAACACACAAGCCACUAUCAGUGGAGUUGGGACCAGGAAUAUUGGGGAAUAUAUUUGAUGGUAUUCAGAGGCCAUUGAAAACUAUUGCAAAGAGAUCUGGUGAUGUAUAUAUCCCUCGUGGAGUCUCUGUCCCAGCUCUUGACAAAGAUGUUCUGUGGGAGUUUCAGCCUAAAAAUUUAGGUGAGGGGGAUCUUCUAACUGGCGGGGACUUGUAUGCUAUUGUCUUUGAGAACAGUUUGAUGCAACAUCAUGUUGCCCUCCCUCCUGAGGCAAUGGGAAAGAUAACUUAUAUUGCACCUCCUGGUCAAUAUUCAUUGAAGGAUACUGUCUUGGAGCUUGAGUUUCAAGGUGUAAAAAAACAGUUCACCAUGCUUCAGACCUGGCCUGUUCGUACCCCAAGGCCUGUUGCAGCAAAACUUGCCGCAGAUACCCCACUGCUUACAGGGCAGCGUGUUCUUGAUGCUCUUUUCCCCUCAGUUCUUGGUGGAACUUGUGCCAUUCCUGGUGCAUUUGGUUGUGGUAAAACUGUUAUUAGCCAAGCUCUUUCCAAGUAUUCUAAUUCUGAUGCAGUUGUGUAUGUUGGUUGUGGGGAACGUGGAAAUGAGAUGGCUGAGGUUCUUAUGGAUUUCCCUCAAUUAACAAUGACAUUGCCUGAUGGUCGUGAAGAAUCUGUCAUGAAGCGUACUACACUUGUGGCUAACACUUCUAAUAUGCCAGUGGCUGCUCGUGAGGCAUCAAUUUAUACAGGAAUUACUUUAGCUGAAUACUUCAGAGAUAUGGGCUACAAUGUGAGUAUGAUGGCAGAUUCAACAUCCCGCUGGGCAGAAGCAUUGCGUGAAAUUUCUGGACGGUUGGCUGAAAUGCCUGCUGAUAGUGGAUAUCCUGCUUAUCUGGCAGCUCGAUUAGCAUCUUUCUAUGAGCGUGCUGGUAAAGUAAAAUGCCUUGGUGGGCCAGAACGUACUGGUAGUGUCACAAUUGUUGGUGCUGUUUCCCCUCCUGGAGGAGACUUCUCUGAUCCUGUGACAUCUGCAACCCUCAGUAUAGUACAGGUGUUUUGGGGUCUGGAUAAGAAACUUGCUCAGAGGAAGCAUUUCCCUUCUGUUAACUGGCUUAUUUCAUACUCAAAGUACUCAUCGGCAUUAGAAUCUUUCUACGAGCAAUAUGAUCAGGACUUUAUUAACAUCAGGACAAAGGCUCGAGAGGUGCUUCAGAGAGAAGAUGAUUUGAAUGAAAUUGUCCAACUUGUCGGAAAGGAUGCUUUAGCUGAAGGAGAUAAGAUCACCCUGGAAACUGCUAAGCUUUUGAGGGAAGACUAUCUUGCUCAAAAUGCAUUUACACCAUAUGAUAAAUUCUGUCCUUUCUACAAGUCUGUCUGGAUGAUGCGCAACAUUAUUCAUUUCUAUAAUUUGGCCAAUCAGGCAGUAGAGAGAGGAGCUGGGAUGGAGGGUCAGAAGAUAACCUACAGCCUUAUCAAGCAUCGGUUGGGAGAUCUCUUCUAUCAAUUAGUGUCUCAAAAAUUUGAAGACCCAGCUGAAGGAGAAGGAGCUCUUGUGGGCAAAUUCCGUAAGCUGCAUGAGGAUCUGACAGCUGGUUUCCGUGCUUUGGAGGAUGAAACUCGGUAAACAGAUGUUCCGGGUUUGGGUACUUCUGUUCCUACAGUUUCUCCAUCUAGGUAGCAAAACCUGAGUUUGUUUCUUUGUCCUUGUGCGCGAGAAUCCAGUCUUUAUAGGUGCAUUUGGUGCUGAACUGGGGUUCUUAUCAACCUAAACUGUAGUUGCAAUGCUUUUGGCUAUGGAUUUAUAUUAUGUAUUGUUAUUAUUAUCAUUCCUUGCAAAUUUGUUUUUGCCUGUUAGAGACCAAAGUUCAUUAUCUCUGUAUUUAUGCAAUAAUAAGAUAUGUAUUAUUGUUAUUAUCAUUUUGUUGACAUAAAAAUAAUAAAGUGAUAAGGAAUAU